GUGAGUGGCUCCCUGGCGGCGGCCAAUGGCUGAAGACCGGACGCGAGAUAUCCGCUGGAACAACGGGGGCCCUGUCAUCCCUCCUCCUCCCGCGCUCCUGACGCCUUUCACGGCUCCAAUCCACAGCCUCUCUCCGGACAGGCCAGUGGGGGAAAGUGACUCACGACACAGAAACAUGACUCCUCUUACCUUCGCUAAUACAACAAAGGUCACUUUUUAAAGUAAAUUUAGCGAGAAAACGCCGACUUUUGUCCCGUUUUCAACUUAAAAAUUAGAGGAGUGAAGCUAUUUUUUGUAUUAUUAUUUUUUUGGAUGCUUUAUGCGCAUGCGCCAAACAUGAGGCAAACACGGCUGUUUUUGACGGAUUUUAACGACUAACUUCUUUGACAGGAGGAAUAAAAACGUUUUGGAUUUACACCCAAGUGGAGAUUAAAGUGUUGAAAACACGUUUUUCAGAUGUGUUCCAUGCCGGUUCCAGCGGCCCCUCAGUCCCACCAUGGAUCCCAGAAGUCCAAGCUUCAACGGCGGGGGAGGACGACCCCACAGGCGGCCGACGCGGGACGACGGGAGCCCGCGGCCUUUGCAAGCCGGCGACGGCGCGGCGGGUACCUGGUUUCCUCCAGCGACGCUUGCAUUGGAACAGUUGAGGAUAACUGGGAACCGCAAUGAGUACACAGAAGGGCCCGCCGCCCAGCACGGGCAAAAAGGUGACUCUGUGACCACGCCCGUCUCCCACGGAAAGCGGCUCAGUAAUGAUCAGACCCACCCGGGGUCCACCGAGACCAGCGCGGCCCGACAGAUAAUCAAUAAUCAGCCCAAGCCAGAGGCGCUGACGUGGAGCGGGAAGAACGCGAACGAGGAUCCGAGGGGCGGCGUGCACAAACACUCGGAGUGCGCCCGCUGCGGCCUGUGCCGCUGCUCGGAGUGCAGGCGGCCCCGGGCGCUGCCGUCCUGCUGGAUGUGCGGCGGGCGCUGCGUGUGCUCGGCGCAGCACGCGGCCGAGUCUUGCACCUGCGUGUGCUGCCUCAAGGGUCUGUUCUACCACUGCUCCAGCGACGACGAGGACACGUGCGCGGACAAGCCCUUCUCCUGCUCGCAGUCCCGCUGCUGCGUCCGCUGGGCCGCCGUCGCGCUGAUGGCCGCCGCGCUCCCGUGUCUCCUCUGCCACCUCCCGGCCAGGGGAUGCGUCGCCGUCUGCCAGGGCUGCUACGACCGAGCCACCCGGCCCGGCUGCCGGUGCGAGAACGCCCUCCCCUGCGAGACGGCGCGCAAACCAACGUAGAAGACGCCUCGGCGGCCCGGUCGGCUCGGUUUACUUCCACCGAUGAUCUAAAGUCAUACUUGAAAGCAACGCCAAAACACUCAACUCUUCUAAAAGUAUACAGACUCCCACGGGAUAAUGCCUCCAUUCACAAACUUAAAUGUACCAUAUUUUUCGGACUAUAUGUCGCAGUUUUUUUCAUAGUUUGGCCGGGGGUGCGACUUCUACUCAGGAGCGAUUUAUGUGUGAAAUUGUUAACACGUUACAAUAAAAUAUCAAAUAAUAUUAUUUAGCUCAUUCACGUAAGACAGUGGUCCGCAACCACCAUGAAAAAGGGAGGUUUUUGUGGUUGGCGCACUAAUACUGUGUAUAGCUCGGUUGGUAGAGCGGCCGUGCCAGCAACUUGAGGGUUGCAGGUUCGAUUCCCGCUUCCGCCAUCCUAGUCACUGCCGUUGUGUCCUUGGGCAAGACACUUUACCCACCUGCUCCCAGUGCCACCCACACUGGUUUAAAAUGUAACUUAGAUAUUGGGUGUUCACUAUGUAAAGCGCUUUGAGUCAUUAGAGAAAAGCGCUAUAUAAAUAUAAUUCACGUCACGUAAGACAGUGGUCCCCAACCACCAUGAAAAAGGGACGUUUUUGUCAUGAAAAAGGGAGGUUUUUGUGGUUGGUGCACUAAUACUGUGUAUAGCUCGGUUGGUAGAGUGGCCGUGCCAGCAACUUGAGGGUUGCAGGUUCGAUUCCCGCUUCCGCCAUCCUAGUCACUGCCGUUGUGUCCUUGGGCAAUACACUUUACCUACCUGCUCCCAGUGCCACCCACACUGGUUUAAAAUGUAACUUAGAUAUUGGGUUUCACUAUGUAAAGGGCUUUGAGUCACUAGAGAAAAGCGCUAUAUAAAUAUA